AUGGCGCAAAACGGAGGCUAUGGCGCUUCUUACCGACCUCCUGAGCCGCCAACGUCAAAACCACCACUGAGCCAUCGAAUCUCGAAUUUGACCGAGAUCAGCGACUGGGAAACUUAUGAGCAAGAUGAGGGUCCCUCGAGCCCGCUCCGUGGAAAGCCCUCCCUCGUCUCCCUCCAGUCGCAUUCAACUCCCGCAACGCCGUCGCCGUACGAAUCAAACGAACCUCAACGCCGAUUCUCGACAGCAUCAUCAUGGGCCGGGUCAUUUUCAUAUUCUGGCGCUUCUGGAUAUGAUUCACUGCCCUCAGCUACUGAUGCACCUUCCAGAUCUUCAAAAGCUGGCCGGUCUUUCCGUAAACCCUCUUUAUUACGCUCCCAUCAGCCCAUCCCCGAGGAGGAGCACGACCUUUCCCUGUUGAAUUCCGCCGCGCCAAUCGCCCAAUCCUCGCAUUACGAGGCGAUGCCGGAAGAUGAGCCCGUUUUCGACGUAACCGCUACUCUUGGUCCCAUGGGCUUCCAGGAUGAAGCUUUCCUUAAGAAACUGCAGGAACAGGAGGCUAGCGGCCACCUCACUGGCGGUCUCGGCGUCGGCUUCAAGCCGGAUACCACAAUCAAGGGAGACGAUCUCCUGCUAUCGCCUACAACACCAAAAAGGUCGCUUACGCGAUCAUUCUCUCGGCGCCCGAAGCUGAACCGCAGUGCAACACUAAAGGCUUUCGGCCAGGAUGAGGCCAAUAAGAGAGGCGAGGUUAUCGAGGUCAUUAUUGAAGAGCCUGAAGGAGGAAUUAACCAUGGUGACCAAGUCGACCUUAGUGUGAUGGCCGGGCCGGAUAUUGGUGAUGACGGUGGAAAUAUGCGACAUGCCACCUUCCCCAUCAACAAAUCACAGAAGACGCAAAUCUUCUAUCCGCAGCCGAACUGGAAGCCCUUCUCAAUGAGGUGGCCCUACCUGACUGUUCUGAUCGCAUUAUCAAUUACCCUGGCUGUGAUGGUGGAGCUGCUCUUCCAAAGAUCACGCAGCAACCCGCUUCUCAAGUUCCAGUCUCCCGCCGAGGUACGCGGUGAGCAGUAUUUCGCUGUCAAAUUCCUCCCGACGAUCCUGUCCGUCACCUACGGCGUCUUAUGGCAGAUCACCGACUUUGAAGUAAAACGUCUUGAAGCCUACUAUCAGCUCUCUAAAGAAGGCGGCGCGUUGGCAGCCGAGUCGAUCAAUGUUGACUAUGUUACGAGUCUCAGCUGGUUGCGACCGUUUCGGGCCUUGAAGCUGCGGCACUAUGCCGUUGCCGUGUCGUCUGUUUCGACGUCUCUGGCCGUCUCUCUGGUACCGACAUUUGGCGCUGCGUCUUUUGUUCUUGUUCCUGACCGACCUACGCGCCUUGAGCACCCCGAGCUCGAGAAGCAGAUCCGUCUCCAUGCUGUCUGGGCAAGGCUUCUGUCGUCGACUCUGUGCAUCUGCGCACUCUGCGGCUGCAUUCUCCUCUUCAUCCUUCAGAGAAGAAGGUCAGGCCUUUUGGCUGAUGUCAAGGGCAUCGCCGGGCUUGCGUCGAUGGCUGUGGUCAGCCAUAUCCUGGUGGACUUUGCUGACCUCGACGUCGUAAGCCAUAGCGACAUCCAUUCCAAGCUAAAGCAUCACCGGUACGUUCUCAGGAAUGCGUCUUUGGCACCAGAUGAUGAGAACCCCGUCUCGUCCCAGGAGAGAGAUCAGUUCCGUGACCACCAUCUUUCGGAAAACCCUCAUCCGCGCAUGCUGCGUCGUGACGGGUACUUUCCGUACGUCAUCGGCAUUGUGCUUUUCCUGGGCUUCAUUCCAGUGUUCCUAUUCUCGAACGCAAGCAUCAUCACCGCCAAGGCGCCGUGGGUGGUGACAGCGUUGGCGGUUUGCAUCAAGCUAGGCUGGGGAGGCUUGGAGACAGAUAUGCGGAUGAUGGAACCCUAUUACAUCCUGUCAAAAAGACAUUCCUCAUCCAAGACACUCACCUUGGAUUACACCGCCAUGCCGUUCGGAUACAUGCCAUUCCAAGCGUUCCUCAACGGCCACGUCUUGAUGUUCCUGGUCGGAUUCGGGAGCAUGCUAGUCGAAGUCUUUACCGUGUUACUUACUAGUCUGGCGACCGUGGUCGGCACUGAGUUCCUGGAAGCGGCCUUUAAGCCGCCGCAGAAAUCUGGCGAUCCAGAUUUUGGUGGCAUCAACUCCGGCCAGGAGACUGUGCUGUCUUUCUGGAUCUCGUACGGCCUGGCCACUUUCAUCCUGAUCUACAUGGGUACCGUGGCAACGGUAGUAUUUCUCCGCAGACGACACCCGUUUCUGCCGCGGCAGCCCAACACCAUCUCGUCACAUCUGGCCUUUAUCCACCAGAGCAAGAUGAUAUACGACUUUGUCGGAACGUCGAAGCUGAGCAACGUAGACAUGGUGCGCCAUCUCGAGAAGCUGGGAAAGACAUACGGACUUGGAUGGUUCGAGGGCCGUGACGGGCAGACGCACUGCGGCGUGGACCAGGAGGAGCUGCUCGGCUACUAUAAGCACGGCAUGGAACUCCAGGGUAUGAAUAAGCCGUGGAACCAGCAGUGGGAUUCGUAUGAUUAA